AUGAGAGGGAGGAAGAACAGCAAAGACAAGGGGAGUUUGACCUACCAGCAGGAGGGAGAAGACCAUUUAUCAAAAGCUGCUGGACCAGGCCAUGGCUCACUGAAGAAAGAAGACAGCAACAUGGUGUUUAAAGAUGACGAUUUGAACGAACCUAUAACCCCUGAAGCACGGAGACACCUUUCCCAGCAGUUUGAACAGAGGUGGAAUGUCCCCCAUGCAGUUGGUGCCUUGGAUGGAAAGUACAUUGCCAUCAAGAAGCCAGCAAACACAGGCAGUUUCUACCGCAACUACAAGGGGUUCUUCUCCAUAUCGAUGCUGGCCCUUGUAGAUGCAGAAUACAAGUUCACCUGGAUUAAGCUGGGAGGUAAAGGACACAUGACUGACUCCCAGAUAUUUACAGGCUCUGAGCUCUUUGAAUGCCUAGAAGAUGGGUCCAUAGGGCUGCCCCUAUCAUGCCAUCUCUAA